GUAGAAUAAAAAAAUAAAAUAAAAAUGCAACAAGUCUAUUUCGUUCAGUGAGCGUUUAUUCCGAAGAGACUUAAGAGGCUGGGAGUGGGGUCGGGAAGGGAAGAAGAUAUGAAGCUGUCAUCUGGCGGUGUGGCGGGGCUCGGGCUCUAAACACAAGUAACACAACUCAAUCGGAGGCGCGCGCGCGGCCCCUGCGAACGUACCCGCACGUAUCCGGCCUCGCGCUCACCAUAAACAGAACGCAAACAAAUACAACAAGUUAUCGUAUAAACUCUAACUGAAAAUCGGAGUUCGUAAAUAAAACUUUACGUGGAUAUUCAUGAAUAAAGUGAUGGUUAUUAGUGACGUUGUUCAACAGUGAUAUUUUUGUGGGAGAUCGUAAAAGUUUAACAAAAACAGGAGUUCUAAACUUUCCAAUGAACACGAGCCAUGUGACUACGGCGAGAGCGGCGAAGCAAGAUUUGUGAUGUGGCUGCUAGCGGCACUCCUGGCCGCGUGUGCUGCGGUCGGCAGCACGAUGUCUUGCAACGAGGCGCGAACACGCUGCGCCUACCGCACGGGCUGCGGCGCGGCGCUCGGCAACUACAUGAUGAUGUGUGAAGCAGUACUCUCUGAACCCUCGGCUUCGAGCUCCUGUCCUAGGGAGUGUGGGAACGCCCUUAUUGCCUUGACUUCCACUGAAGAGGGGAAGGAGCUUAUGAAUUGUGAAUGUGAAGACGAAUACUGUUUGGAGGCAAAACAACGCAUCGACAUCUGUCGACCUCAAGUGAUGAAGGGGGCAGCCAACGCGACUUCUUCAUGUAGCCUGUCCCAGCUCAUCUGCCUCGCCGACGCACAGUGCGCCACAGCACUGCAGUACUACCACCGACUCUGCCGGUCCAUGUUCCGAGGCAGAAAGUGCUCCAACAAGUGCCUAAACUCCAUAGAAAUCUUAAGAAAGCAGGAGAAAGCCGCAGCGUUAACAGCCUGCCAAUGCGACGGCAACGAUUACGAUUGUCCAAGAAUGCAGAACAAUCUAGCGAGGCUAUGCUACCAUAAGAUGAAGAACCAUACAAAGAACCAUGAUAGACAUGGGGAGAAACAUAAGAAGCCCCCUGUAGAGGAAGUAGUGCAAGUCAGUGCCGCGAACUUUGUGCGAGUGUCCGCGCUCAUUGCGCUCAUAUGCGUGUCCAGUUACACCUUCAUUACGUGAUACAUGGUGAAGUACUUCUAAUAGCUGAAAGUGUACAAUACGAACAUUAUAAUAAGGACACUGCCAUAGAAGAGACUAUACGUUAGAUAAAUUCUGUAGUGUUUCUAGAUAGAAAUAAUUUAAGCUAAGGCGUUGAAGUACAAUACAAUUUAGUGUACAUUUGUAAAAACAGUAUUAGUUAGUUUAAGGCUAUCGUGAGGGAAUCAAGGGUAAUUAUGUAGAUUGUUGUUUAUAUUUUAACUAUUGGCUUAAUAUGAGAGUGGAUGUGUCGCCGCCCACGGGCUGCGCAGGCGUCGCUAUAAAUACGGCGGCGCCGGUGGUCCGGUGACAAAUGCUGGUCUGUUCCCGAUGUAGCACCACGCCGAUUGAUCUAACGACUGUUCCGGUAACACCAUCAUCCUCACAUAUUUACGUCAAAGAGAAACUCUUGUGUCUCUCUCUUUGUCGACAGAUGUGAAGAGGAUAGUGUCAGCUGAGCCGAGCAUGAGAUGUGUAGUAUGGAUUAGGGAAGUGGCUGAUAUAAUGACACAGUCGCGGCUAAAUCCGUUAGGCGGCACUAAUCGUUCCCACUGAUGUAGGGCGUUGGUUAACGUUUUACAAAUAUGCGGUAUGGGAUGCCAGAUUUUUUUCAGAACGUCUUUUGAUACUUUUCUUUGACAUCCGUUUUAUUUUUUAAGUGGGAGUGUGCUUUUGAGAGAUGAAUGUCAGUUCUAGUGUGAGAAAUUAGAGGGGUAUGUCAGUAAUGAUUGAAUGAGUUGUCGAUCUAUUUCUAGGUUCGUAGGGAGCAAGAUCAGUCAUUUAUUGUCGUGCAACAUUCGUCAUUACAAAAUCGGUUUUAUUACAUCGUUCACCAAAAUUGCAGUACAUACUCAAACAUGUUUUUUCCUCGUUCAAUUCUCACAUUAAACGAAGAUUGAGAUAUCUGUCUUACCGCGAAAUCGUUGAUUUUUUUCGAAGUAUCUCAUUUAAAAUGUUAAGAGCGUACUUACAUGGGCUCGUAAAGUAGUACCAAGGCAAACGAAUGUGCGUAUUGUUGGUACGUUUCUCAGUAACGUGCGUCUGCUCAGUAAUGAAGAAGAACCGGUCCCGUAACAGGCUACAUGAGAUCAAAUCAGAGCAACGUGAAUGAAAUAGCUUUAUGGGUUUUAGGAGGAAAAUUUUAACCAUAAAAUACUUAAAGCAGAUAAAAAAAUGUAACUUCUGCUUUUUGUGAGAAGGUCUACAAUUUUUUUAUUAUAUACGAAGCAGUUAAAAAAACUUUUACUUUUUAUCAACCGGUCUUUAAGACUUCUAGGAAUUGCCUCUAUCAGAAGUAGCCUUUGAACUUUAUUAAAAUAAAUUCGUAACUGCAAAAAAUAUAGACUUGCAGCUGACCCCGAUUUUUUAAGUGUCAGUCAUUGCAUUACUCAUGUCCUAUCAAAUUAGUGCAAAUGUCUUGUUGGCUCUUGUUCUAAAAAUUUUAUAUUCUUUUUCCUGUAAAAUUCCGACUGUCGAAUUCAAUUUCUUUUUUUCGUUGCGAACUAUGUAAGUCGGCCUUUGAACUAUUGUUUUCAAUUCAAUGUAAAUUCCCAUAAACUUGAAAUAAAAUCCUCCAUACCCAAUACAGGUAUUAAAAUCCCAUAAAAUAUUUUCCCAUACCACUUUAUUCCAACAAACCGCAACAUAUAAUCUUAAUAAGAUGCGUAUGCGACAGCUGCGUAUCGGCCAUCAAGUGCGCAGUUUGCAUAGAGCAUCUAAGGCAGUUCUGCGCGGGCGCAGUGACGUCACGACUUGCCCAUAUAUCUCCUCACACAAGUGACAUGUAACUUUGUAUGCAUCCCGCAGACGUCAAAGUAGUGUCUCGUCACCCGAAUCAUGUUCUAAUGUUUAAUGCAACAGUUGUUUCUGAGCAGAAUACUAAUCGGUCCUGAUCUUAAUGUUGAUUUUAACUUCGUUAGGCUUAGGCUCCGCUGAGGCGGAGACGAGCGGAGCGGAGAGGAGACGUGUGAGGAUCGACCAAUCAUAUUACAUGAAAUCCACAUCGCGUCUUCGCUCCGCUUCAAUGGAAACAGUCAAGCGGAGACGAGCGGAGCGGAGAGAAGACGUGUGGGGAUCGACCAAUCAUAUUACAUUGAAUCCACAUCGCGUCUGCGCUCCGCUUCAAUGGCAACAGUCAAGCGGAGAAAAGCGGAGCGGAGAGAAGACAUGUGGGGAUCGACCAAUCAUAUUACAUAAAAUCCACAUCUCGUCUCCGCUCCGCUUCAAUGCCGAUGGAAAUAGUCAAGCGCUCCGCUCGUCUCCGCCUCAGUGGAAUCACGUACCUCUUUUCACAGCUCUGCUCCUCUAAGCUCUGCUCGUCUCCGCCUCAGUGGAGCCGCAGCCUAAGUCCGUACCUAGUUUACUUACCUUCGAGAAAUCGUUCAUACAUAUGUUUGUAGAUUGUUCUUGUAAACGUUUACAUGGCUUUGUUAGUAAUUGAGUAACAAGGCAUUGCAAAUUUGCGAAGUAUGACUUGCCAGUUUAAUUAUUUGCGUUAGUUGUUUGCAUAUUUUGUGUCAACAUAUGAUCAUGUGCUGUUCUUAGGGUUUUGUAGAUUACAGUUUUUCUUUGCUUUAAUUGCAACCAUUCAUCAGUUGUCUUGUGUAUAUCUACAUGGUCAAAUAAUAAGGUUUUACAAAAAAAUGUGUCCUACAAAAUGGUCAUUGUUUGGAAAUUCCGUAAUCGUUUGUAAUAAUUUAACUUACUUAAUUUAUAAUUCACAUCAGUAUAGAAUAUACCUCAGAUAUACAUGUUUGUAUGUGUUCAUUAGCCUGUUAUUAUUAUAUGCUUGUGUGUGUGACUUCGUAUGUGUUUCAUUCUGAGUGUAAAGUUCAAGAGCUUGUUCUACAAACGCUAUUUUUUAUUUAAUUUUAAUUUUCAAUUGAUUUGUUUUAGCCCAGCAUUUGAUAUUUGCGCACAAUUUUCCAGUUUUUCUUUAGAAAUAAGUAGGUAAAUAAUUACUUAUAAUAGGUUUUACUGUAAGAGAAGAAACUCAUUAACCACAGUUUACCAAAGUGAGAUUAUUAGACUUAGUACAAGAAUUGUAAAUAGCUUUAGUUCAUAACUUAGUCUUAGUGUAUUGCAUUGUUUUAAUAACUAUGGAAAUUCGUACAAAGUAUUUUAGAAUAAAAACGAAUAAUUUAUUGAAUUACAUAAAAAAAUCUUAGUUAAUAAGUAUUGUUGUAUUUUGUUUCGUUUUGUACAAUUAUUUUAAGGAUUUUAAUUGUAUUUAUUUUACAAAAUUGCAAUAAAUUGUCUGUUUUCUAAA